UGUUGGAGUUGCCAAAGAAGACAGUUUUGCCGAUGUUGUUGAUAGGGAAAAGAAGGACAAGAAGGAAAACGAUUUGAGUGGAGACCUUUCGAAAAACAUCAGCAAGAACAACGAACAAAAACAACAAAAAGGAGAUUGAAUGGAACGUUGGUUCUCCAAUAAUAGUGAAGAUACUUCUAAACUCUCAGUCGAUGACAAAGAAGCUGCCUCCGGGCCUAUGCCGACGGAGAGUCCUAAAAAGCUAUCUGACACCUCAUUGACAGAAAUUGGUCCUCCACUUGCAACUUCCUCUCUCGCUGAUGUAAAUUCGACCAACAAUGACAACUUAAAUUCUCAUCAACAUGAAGAAUUUAUUUUCUCCCGAAUAACCAGUCACAACAAUAAUGAGGAACCUUCAAUGUCGAUCCAGCGUCAACAACCAGCAACAAAAGCCCAACAAUACCUUCUAAAACAGCAAAAAAAUCGUUUCGACAAUUAUACCAGCAACAAUUCCUCUUAUAUUCCAAUGAAUGAAAAUAAAGAGGAAGGCUCAUAUUCUAUAACUUCUUGCAUUUCUACAUCAGAACAACGUACAUCCCCUGAACCGGAUUGUGGUUAUCAGUUCACGUGGGUGCCAAAACAUUUGAGUGAAGAGGAAAUUAUGAUUGUUAAAGAAGAAAUAGAAAAGAAGACCCAACAAUUAGCAUCCAGACAAUUUAUUGGCGAGCCAUCAAAUAUCCAGCAUGUUUCUAAAACUACAUAUCACUGCAGCAAGCCAUCAUUCGUUGUUGAAGCUCCAAAAGAAGCGUCUAAGCAAUGGCGUCCGGAUGCCCUCAUUGAACAUCAAAGUAGAAAUAAAUCUGUACCGACAACACAAGAAGUGAAGAAGGAUGCACCGCCACAAUCUUGUUCUCAUUUGGAUGAUACUCUACAACGUCCAUUUCCAUUGCAAAAAGCUAAAAAAGUUACGACAAUUUCUCCAAAUGGGGGUGGCGUAAACAAGACGCCCAAACAGGUUCGAUGGCUGUCACCACGCCGUGAAUUCAACGACAUUCCUCGCCCAUAUCAAGUGGCCCCAAUAAGACAGACCAGCUCUUCUCUUGGUUAUAUUGUUCGCCGAUAUGGUUUUAAUGACGACAUUAUUGGUAGUGGUUGCGUCUACGAUGGGGGCGACAAUUCUACAAAAUUACAACAUUUUGGUCCACUUGGAAGUGAGGUGGCAAUACGCGAACAUGGACGGGAAAAGAGUGAUCACAACCAUCAUUUGGUAAAUGUACGCAAAUUGUUCGAGCAAAGGAUUACUGCAUAUCUUGAUAAGAACAGUAGUGAAGCAAUUGAUGGCAACAAUUUGGCUGCAAUGGGCCCUGUGAAGGAUACUUUAGAACCUACAGCAGCAUCUUUUGACUUGAACAACAAAAAAAGCAAAAUGGAAACGAACGACUGUAAACAACCAAAUGAGACGGAAAUGAAGAAUAACAAUAAUCAAAAGUGUUGGCCACCUCAACAGAAAAGUAGUAUUCCAGAGAAGCAUCCAGUAAGACCGCCGCUUCCACCACCUCCUCCACUUCUCUUCCGUACACACAUUCCAACUACGCGAGGUCAAAAACAAAAUAAUGAGAACAAGAAUACCUAA